AUGACGUGUCAGGUGGAGAGUGCUCUGCAGACAAGAUGUCGAGGACUCUGCGGACAGCAUGUCUUGGACUCCGAGGUACUUUUAGUGGAGGGCUUCGAGGUGCCUUUAGUGGACUCUGAGGUACUCUUAGUGGAGGCCUCCGAGGUAGCUUUAGUGGAGGGCUCCGAGGUACGUUUAGUGGAGGGCUUUGAGGUACCCUUAGUGGACUUUGAGGUUCCCUUAGUGGAGGGCUUUGAGGUACCCUUAGUGGAGAGCUCCGAGGUACCCUUAGUGGAGGGCUCCAAGGUGCCUUUAGUGGACUUUGAGGUACCCUUAGUGGAGGGCUCUGAGGUACCUUUAGUGGAGGGCUCCAAGGUACCCUUAGUGGACUCCGAGGUUCUUGGGUUGGCAGAGAAAAAGAUGGAGCAUAGGGUAGAUUUGUUUUACAAGCUAUGCAGUUUGAAGAAAUUCAAUUGCUUGCUAUUCUCAUAG